CACACUUAUAUAUUCUUAAUAACUCUUGUGCCUGCUGGCUAACCUAAUUAACUAACUAAUAACUAAACAGCUACGUACGGUAGGCUAGCUGUAGCUCUUCAUUCCUCCCCCACUUGGUUUUGUUGCCACUAUUUGCAUUUGCAGCCACGACAUGACCCACAGCUCCAACCACAGAAACCAUCCAACCUCUCAAAACCUCUGGGAUCCUCCUCCUCCCUUGUGUUGUGGCUACCCACACCACCACAUCUCUCUCUCUCUCUCUCUCUCUCUCUCUCUCUCUCUCUCUCUCUCUAAGCUUGGCCCGGCCGUUAGGGUAGGGAUCGAGCAAGCCUAGCUAGUACACUGCACUAAUUAAAGCAAUAAGGAUUAGCAUCAGGCACGGUUGUCUAGUCCCAAAACAAACAAGAGGCACCAAACCAAAACCAAGAAAAAUCCAAACUUUCUCAUGCAGGAUCCAGCUAGUAGACACUAGACAGUAUAGCAGAUUAAUUUAGCACAAGCACAGAUGAGCCAUGACGAAGAGGAAGCAGCAGAGCAGAGCUAAGCUAAGCUAGCUAGCUAGUAGAUAAACACGUACACAUGCACUAGUGCAGCUCCAGCAGCCUCUGCAAUGCCCGCAACGCGGCUAUGAUGAGCUCUAGCUAGUCCAUGAGCAACCCCUCUUCUCCGGCCUCUUCUUCCAGGUCCAGCAGCGCCGCCGCACAAGAGCACCGCCUGCCGGAAGAGGAAUCCCAAACUCUGCACCACCACAACGACCAAGAGGUAGCCUCCGCCAUUGCUGCUCCGUUUCCUCCCAGUAGCUGUGAAGCUGAUCAUCAAGCCCACGACGACAAGGACGCCGAGCUGUCGCCGCCGCGCUGCGAAUGGGAGUUCCGGCUGGCGGCCACCGUGCCGACCACCGCCCUUCCCGGUGCGUCCGACGCCAUCGGCAGCGUCGACUUCGACCCCACCGGCCGCCUCCUUGCCACCGGCGGCAUCGCCCGGAAGAUCCGGAUGUACGACGUGGCCUCCAUGCUGCUGCCGCUGGAUGAUAGCGCCGGCGCCCGAGCCGGCCCCGCGGCUUGCAUCUGCGUGCCGGCGAAGCUGAGCAGCGUGCGGUGGCGCCCGGGCGGCGGCGGGGACGCGUCGUCGUCCGUGGUGGGGUGCGGCGACUACGACGGCGUGGUGACGGAGUACGACGUGGAGCGCGGCGUGGCGUCGUGGGAGCGCGACGAGCACGCGGGCCGCCGCGUGUGGUCGCUGGACUACGCCCCGGGGUCGGCCAUGGCGGCGUCCGGGUCGGACGACCGCACGGCGCACGUGUGGGACCCUCGCGCGCCCUCAGGCGGCUGGGCCACGGCGCGCGCCGGCGGCGCCGUGCUGUGCGUGGAGUUCGACCCCUCCGGUGCGCCCCACCUGGCCGUCGGCUCCGCGGACCGCCGCGCCGUCGUGUACGACGUCCGCGCGCUGGGCCGCGGCGCCGUGGCGAGGAUGGACGGCCACGCCCGCGCGGUGACGUACGUGCGGUGGGCGGGUCCGGGUCCGGCGCGGCGGGUGGUGACGUCGGCGGCCGACGGGACCCACCGUCUGUGGGAGUGGUCGGGCGGCGCGUCGGCGGCGGCGGAGGUGGUGGUGGAGGCCGGAGCAGCGGCAGCGGCAGCGCGGGAGGUGCGGUCGUACAGCGGCCACGCGAGCGCGCGGAGCUUCGUGGGGAUGGGCGUGUGGCGCGGGGCGGGGCUGGUGGCCAGCGGCUCCGAGUCCAACCACGUCUUCGUCUACGACCUCAGGUGGGCCAAGCCCAUCUGGGUGCACCCCUUCUUCGCGUCGCACGGACACGGAGGGGCCCACGGCCCAGUCACCACUGACGCUGCUGCUGCUGCUGCUGCUGGUGGGUUCGUCAGCGCGGUGGCGUGGCGGCAGGGCAGCCACAACGACGGCGACCUCGACGGAGGGGCGCUCGUCGCCGGCGGAUCCGACGGCGUGCUCAAGGUGUUCACGUGCCGACGGCGGAGGGAGACGGCGGGGGACGACGUCGUCCGUGCAUGAUGGCCAUGCAUAUGGCCUCCUCCUUUGACUGUGAUAAGGCAUUGAGGCGGAGGAAGAAGCAUCUUCCCAUUUCCUUCGUUCCUCCCUUCCUUGUCGUGCUUUUUAUUACUUGUUCCCAUUUUAUUGUUUGUUUUUAUUUCCUUUUCUUUCUUUCUUUCUUUCAGAUAAAGAAAACAAGAGUUCAACAACAACAGCAACAAAAAGGGCAAUUAAAGUACAUGUUUAGACUGAAAUUAAGUGAGGGGAGGGGAGAAAUUAAAAAGGGUGGACAGAAGAUGAGAGACUGUGACUGAUGAUGUUGAGGAUGAUUCUUUUUUUUUUCUUUCUUGGUGAUGAUGAUGCAUCCCUGACAAUGUACUGAUAUAUUUUUUUAAGCAAUGUAAUAAUAAGAAAUCCACGAUGACUGGCACCAUCAUUUCUUUAUUUACACAACGAGUUCACAACUCAAA